AUGGUGGAUGUACUAGGCGGGCGGCGCCUGGUGACCCGGGAGGGCGCGGCGGUGGAGGCCGAGGCGGCGCUGCAGAACAAGGUGGUGGCGCUGUAUUUCGCCGCAGGCCGGUGCGCGCCCAGUCACGACUUCACGCCGCUGCUCUGUGACUUCUACACGGCGCUGGUGGGCGAGGCGCGGCGGCCCGCUCCCUUCGAGGUGGUCUUCGUGUCGGCCGACGGCAGCGCCGAGGAGAUGCAGGACUUCAUGCUCGAACUGCACGGCUCCUGGCUGGCGCUGCCUUUCCACGACCCCUACCGGCAUGAGCUGAGGAAGAGGUACAACAUCACGGCCAUCCCCAAGCUUGUGAUUGUGAAACAGAAUGGGGAGGUCAUCACCAGCAAAGGGCGCAAGCAGAUCCGGGAGUGGGGGCUAGCUUGCUUUCAGAACUGGGUGGAGGCUGCCGACAUCUUUCAGAAUUUCUCCGGCUGA